GUUAGAUCAGGAAAUGUAUACAAAUUUUCAUUAUCCAAGCCAUUGGAUCGAAUACGAGACUAACAAUUCGUACGGCAUAUACGAGUUUAUACCCAUUGCACGAUAUUUGAUGGCCAAUCCUAUGCAUAAAUUGCAACAAACAUAUAAUAAGUGCUUUAAAUACGUGAUAAAUGAAUUAAUAUUACGCGAUAAUACUUACGACGAGAGUAAUGGCCGAGAUUUUUGCAGUCAGUUUAUAGCCGCUAAACGCCGGGCAGAGGCGGAGGGAAAGCUGGGCUUUGAAUGUUUGAAUGAUAAUAACAUUGCAGCCGUAGUUAUGGACUUUUACAUGUAUCUUAUUAUAACAGCGGGAAUGGGAACCUCAUUUACAACUCUCGUAUGGAAUCUACUAUUUAUGGUAUAUUAUAGCGAUUGGCAGCAAAUCAUGCGAAAUGAAGUGAACGAUAGACUGGGCGAUAGGGCACCGGUUGUGGCCGAUAAACACCAUUUGCAUAAUGUUAUGGCAUUCCUAUACGAAACCUUUCGUUGUAGAAAUCCCGUACCUUUUGGGGCACCGCAUAUGACUUUAUCGGAUACCAUAUUAGACGGUAAAUACACAGUUCCUGGUCAAACAAUACUCAUCCAUCAUUCGUGGCAUAUAUUGACUGAUGAUAGCAUUUGGCCAAAUGGUGAACAAUUUAAUCCUGGACGUUUUCUUGACGAUCAUGGCCAUUUCAAAUCGGUCGGCCCCUUAGCGUAUAUACCGUUUGGCGCGGGGAGGCUAUACGACCCGUCU